CUCGGCUCUUGUUUGGUAAUGUGUGUGUAUAUAUAUAGCGAUUUGAUUUUGCAUUCUCAAAUAACGCCUCUCCACAGAAAAAUAAACAAAUUUAAGCUCAUAUCAUUUUGCAGCUUGUUAACAUGUCACGACCAAUACCCAUUGAAAUGAUGGUGCAAGAGUUCAAGAAGAAUCACACAAAUUCUCACUUGUUCAAGAUAGACAAUUUCUCUCUACUCACAAAGUAUGAGAUUGAUUGUAUCGAAUCUUCUGUUUUUGAUCUCUGUGGUCGCAAAUGGAAAAUCCUUGUGAAUUAUGACGAGGAUGAAGAACAUGUCUCCAUUUUCUUCGAGAAUCAAGAUCCACUAGAUGUUGAGCUCGAGUAUCAGGUCUAUGUCGUAAGUCAGCUAAAGGCAGUAUGGUACCCCAAAGCCAAUGUAAAAUGGGACUUUAGUGCAUCAUCAAAACCAAUAGCAAAAGGGAUUACAAAUUUGAUGUCACUGGAUGAUCUUAAGAGCAAAGGGUUCCUUAUUGAAGAUUGUUGUAUGUUUGGUGCCAGUCUUCCUGAUCAGAAAACUGAGAGACCUGGAACAGCUGAAUGUUUUAGCUUAAUUGAGAAGCCUCUCAAUAACAAAGUCACUUGGAUGAUGACCAAGUUCUCCUCUUUCGACGCUGAAAAGGCUCAUCAGUCCAAUGAGUUCAUCGUUGGAAACCGCAAAUGGAGAAUUGAAGUUCAUCCAAGGGGACAUGAGGAAGCAAAAGGCGAAUCAUGCUCUGUGUAUCUAGUGGGAGAAGGAUAUAUCAACAAUGCACCAAAGACAAAAACUUUUGCCAAGUCUAAGCUACGAGCAUUGGAUCAAGUUAAUCGGAAUCAUCUUGAGGCAACCGAUUCUUAUUGGGUUGAUGAAGAAUAUGAUGACACUAAUGGUUUUAUGGAGUUCAUGCCACUGUCGAAACUUUGUGAACCUUAUUUGGUGAAGGAUAAGUUUUACGUGGGAGUUGAGUUUGAAGUCAUUUCUGUGGCUAAAUAUGUUUAAGCUAUAUGUAUGAACAUCUUCCUAUGCAUGUGUGAAGGACCGAACACUAAAAUAAAAUACGAAAUAAUGUAAUAAGUCAAAUGCUGGAGAAUAUGGUUAUGUAGCGACACAGCCUGAUGAGGACCUGGAGGUGCAUAUAUAGUUGUCAAACUCAUAUAUCUCUUUUUCUCUCUUUUUUUUUGUAAUUUUAUGAAUAAAAAGGAAGAAACAAUCUGCUUGCUUUGUAGA